AUGUCUCUAGAAUUCGAGCUGUGUCCCGGCCGCAAGGUUGGGGGCGACCAUCCAUGUUUUAUUAUAGCCGAGAUCGGGCAGAAUCACCAGGGAGACCUGGAGAUCGCCAAGAAAAUGAUUCGCAUGGCUAAGGAUUGUGGCGCAGACUGUGCAAAGUUCCAGAAAAGUGAACUAGAGUACAAAUUCAACAAAAAAGCCCUGGAAAGGGCAUACACUUCUCCACACUCCUGGGGAAAGACGUACGGGGAUCACAAGCGCCACCUGGAGUUCAGCCAUGAUCAGUAUCGAGAGCUACAAAAGUUUGCAAAGGAAGUAGGCAUUCAUUUCACAGCCUCUGGAAUGGAUGAGAUGGCAGUGGAGUUUCUACAUGAACUGGGGGUUCCAUUCUUCAAAGUUGCAUCAUUGGACACAAAUAAUAUGAUCUAUUUAAAAAAAAUGGCCCAGAAAGGUCGACCUAUGGUAAUUUCAAGUGGUAUGCAGUCAAUGGAUACCAUGCGCCGGGUUUAUGAACUUGUAAAACCAAUCAAUCCAAACUUCUGUAUACUCCAGUGUACUAGCGCAUAUCCCCUUCUUCCAGAGGAUGUCAAUCUACGCGUGAUACAGGGAUACCAAAAGGCCUUUCCAGAUAUCCCUAUUGGAUACUCCGGUCAUGAAACUGGUGUUGCUAUUACAGUUGCAGCUGUUGCCAUGGGUGCCAAAGUAGUUGAACGCCAUGUAACUCUAGAUAAAAACUGGAAAGGAAAUGACCACCAGGCUUCAUUAGAGCCAAGUGAACUGGCUGAGCUGGUCAGAUCUAUCCGGACUGUGGAGAAAGCCAUGGGUUCUAGUGAAAAACGGCUUUUGCCUUGUGAAAUUGUUUGUCGCGACAAGCUUGGUAAAUCUGUUGUGGCAAAGACUAAAAUUUCCGCAGGCUCCGUGAUCACUCUCAACAUGUUGACGAUAAAGGUAGCUGAGCCACAUGGCUUCCCCCCAGAGGAGAUUUUUGACCUUGAAGGCAAGACUGUUAAGCGAGAUAUAGAGGAGGAUGAAUCUGUCACAGAAGAGGCAAUUGAGAACUACAACACAAGAACUAAAUGUUAACUGAAAAGCUUGACACCCAUCAGAAUUUUAUUUUUUUCUCCUGUCACCUAUUACCUUACCAAUACAUGUUGUAUGUAUAAGUCAGUUGCACAGGUUGUUGGAUCCUUUCAGUGGCAUGCCAGAUGGUGUUGCUGUAACUAGAUCUGUUAAGUCUCAAUGGCAAGCAGUGCUGUUUGUUGUAAGGCUAUGAAAAAACUGCAUGGCAAUCACAAUGUUUUGUAAGCAAAUUUUGUCUUUGGAAACAAGCAAAUCACAAAUGUGUGGAUGAUUUUUAGUUUAUGUACAAGCAAAAAUAUUUCUAAAAAAGUUGGUUAAGCUGCUAUAAAUUUGUGCUUCCUAAACUUUUUUUAACACGUUGUUGAAAGACCAAUUGGCUUGGAUAGAUUACAACUCCAUAUAUGAUUGCAUAAAUUGAGUGUUUUCUGCAGUAUGACUUAAAACUUUAAAAUUUUGAAUCGCACCUCCGCAUCAAACCUCCUCUAAUUUUAGAGCGUUUACCGCUUUUAUUUAUAGCAUGUUAACUGUCAUGUUUUUGUAUCUGUUUGUUUAUUUCUUGCACGUUUGCAUCCCAUCAGUCUGCCAACACAACUGGCAUUUUUAUUUUGCCUUUUAACAAUGAAACGCACGGUUUGACCCAAGAACAUGUCACUAUUUAUAAAAAAAAUUCUGUGUGCUCAAUUUUUCUGCAGUUUAACUAGAAUUCAAAUUAUUAUUCUCUUAAAUUUGCUACUAGAAUCUUGCACUUUGUAAGGAUACAUUUUCAGAAUAAAUGAUUCUUUGUCAAGA